AUGGCGGCGAGGCGGAUGACAUGGCAGGGCCCAGCUGCUGAUACGGGGUCAAACAGUCAAAGGCGGUCGCCAGUCUGGGGCCCGGACCACCGAAAGCUACGCGCAUUAGAAGAAGAAGAUAUAAAGGAGUCUCUGCAAACAUUUUAUAAUGACCCGCAAGCCGCAAGGGCGGCAAGGCCGCAAAGAAAGCCCGUGCCCAGCACACUGAAGACCAUGUGUCCAUGUCGCAGAAACACGCAACUACCCUCAUCAAAUCCUUGUGCGCGCGCGGCGCGGUCCGCCACGCCCGCGCCUUGUUCGACGAAAUGCCCGACCAUGCUCUCCGGCUACGCAUCCAGCGCCCGCCACCGUGAGGCGCUAGACUUAUUCUGGUCCAUGGCCGCGGCCGGCGUCAUCCCCAACGAGUUCACGCUGUCCAGCGUCCUGACCGCGUGCCGUGCCGGCGGUGGCGGCGGCGCAGCGUCGAUCCAUGCCCUCGCUUUGCGGCGGGGCGUGGACCACACGCCGUAUGUUGUGAACGCGCUCAUCAACGCGUACGCGUCCCGCGGAGGCGGGGACGGCCUCGUGGACGCGAGGUGGCUGUUCGAUGCGCUCGGGGAAGGACGCACGGCCGCGUCGUGGACGUCCAUGAUAGCCGGUUAUGCUCGUUGGGGACAAGAGAACACGGGGCUACAGUUGUUCCAAAAUAUGAUUCAGGAUGAUGUUGAGCUGAGUCCGUUCACCUGCUCUAUUGCAAUCCACGCAUGUGCUUUAGUAGCUUCUUGUCAACAUGGAUAUCGAACUAAAUUGCUUGACUCUAACGAGCAUUACAUCAGCAUGUGCUGGUCUCUCAGCUCUGAGAUGUGGCCGGUCCAUGGGGCUUUACUCCGGAGAAACUAUGGUGAUGACCUAAAAGUUUCCAAUGCCCUUGUGGACAUGUACUCCAAGUGUGGAAAGAUUUUGAAUGCUAAGAAGGUAUUCAACAUGAUGACUUGCAAGGACAUAUUAUCGUGGACAUCAAUGAUUGUGGGGAGGCUGAGAGAAGCCUUUAUCCUCAUUGAUACAAUACUCACUCCUGAUGAAUCUAUCUGGGGAGCAUUGCUUGGUGCUUGCAAGAUGCACAGGAAUCUAGAGCUGGGCAGACUAGCUGCAGGGAAAAUAAUUGAGAUUAACCCUGAUGCGGUGAAGACUUACAUCCUGCUUGCAAACAUAUGUGCUGCAGAUAGCAAGUGGGGUGAGUAUGCUGUGACAAGGAUGUUGUUGAGGGGCACAGGAAGCAGUAAGGAAGUAGGAAUGAGUUGGAUAGAGUUAACAGAUAAGAUGUAUAGCUUUAGCACAGCUGACAGUAGCAGUCCUCAAGUUAGUUUGGCAGAUGAGGUAUUGCAGAUCUUAGUCCACCACAUGGAUGAAGCUGGAAGUGAUUUUAUUGACAAUAUUUGUAGAGGUGCAUGA